AUGGCUGGGCGACUGGGCCGGGACGCGCCCUUCCCCACGUUCAGUGCGAGCGGCCGGAGGGAGGCCGUGGACGCCGCCGGCGGGGCCGUAACAGCCACCGCCUUAAGCGCGCGUCCGCGCCAGACAGGUGGCCCAGGCGGUGGUCGGCGACUCGGAGUACCACCACUUCCGCUACCGGAUCCCGCCGGCGCGCGUGCGCCUCCUGGAGGUGGGCGGGGACCUGCAGCUGCAGUCGGUGAAGAUCUUCUGAGCCUCCGGGCGGGCGGCGGGGUCGGGGGUCGGGGGUCCGGGGUCCGGGGUCCCGGGCGCGGGAGGGCAAAUAAAGUUUCAGCCCGCGUGUGUGCGCCCCGUCUGUGCCCGGGUGUCCUUCGUCUGGACGCGGAGAGCAGGUUCAGAGCGGGGAAGACGCUGACGAAGGGUCAGAGCGAUGCCGCGGCCGGGGCGGGAGUGGGGCCCCGCGGCCUCGGAGGGCAGUCUGUGGCCGGGACGCCUCCGGAGGGUCGCGAUCGGGUGGGGGUGGGCGUUGGCUGGUGUCCAGCGGCGCUUUUCCGGGCGGCCCGGCCCGGCCCGGCGGUCGUGCGGUGGCGACAGCUGAUGGGGGUUUGGAGCGGGCUCAAGCUCCCCUCGGUGCCCCCUCUGAGGAACAUCGGAGCUCCGAGCUGCUGCGUCUGCAAACGGGCGAACGAGUCUCCGCACGUCUGGUCCCUGAGACCCCGAAAUGGACCCGUCUCCCUCAGCCGUGGGAAGGAGCCCCGCCGGGUGGCAGCGCUCCAGCGUCGCAUGAUAGGCUAG